AAUCGAGCUGGAAACGAACAACAUCCGCCGGCGUGCUUCCAAGCAGAGCAGCAACGUCACCGCUUCAUCCUACAGUUAUCAUCUGCUCGCUGUUGGAUAAGGGGAGGGGUUGAUUGCUCGCUAUCAUGGCCGUCGCGGCAGCCAUGGCGGCGGCCUUCCCCUCCGGCUACGCACUGUCGUGUCACGUCGCUGGAGAGGGGUCACCUCCGCUCCCCACUACCACCUUCAACCGUAGCCCCAGUAGCCAUCUCGCCCCGUUCACUCCGCGCUUCCGCUUCCGCCUCCGCCACCAUCGCGCCGUCGCCGUCGCUGCCGCCACCCUCCGCGAGGUCUGCGGGGGCCGCGUCCCGGACCACGUCCUCCAGAGGGCAGAGGAGGUUGGAUAUGUCGUGCCUACCGAGGUGCAGGAGCAAUCCCUUCCCGUUCUUCUGUCCGGCCAGGAUUGCAUUCUCCAUGCGCAGACAGGCUCCGGGAAGACGCUGGCCUAUCUCUUGUCUGUGUUCUCCGCCAUCGACUUCGGUAGGUCCUCCGUGCAAGCGCUGGUUGUUGUCCCGACUAGGGAGCUCGGCAUACAGGUUACCAAGGUUGCUAGAAUGCUCGCAGCGAAGGCCUGCACCGUCAUGGCUUUGCUUGAUGGUGGAAUGCUGAGGAGGCAAAAGAGCUGGGUGAAGGCAGAGCCCCCUGCAAUAAUUGUAGCUACUGUUGCAAGCUUGUGUCAGAUGGUUGAAAAGCGUGCUUUCAGCCUUCAAUCUAUGAGAGUGUUAGUUAUUGAUGAGGUUGAUUUUAUUUUUGGAUCAUCGAAGCAAGUAAGCUCUCUUCGUAAGAUAUUAACUUCUUACUCAGCAGCUUCCAGUCGCCAGACCAUAUUCGCUAGCGCAUCCAUUCCUCAGCACAACCGCUUCAUGCAUGACUGCAUACAACAUAAGUGGACCAAGGGUGAUGUGGUUCACGUUCAUGUAAAUCCUGUACAGCCCAUGCCUUCGCAUCUACGUCACAAAUACCUGAUCUGCAGUAAGAAGGAAGGGCUGCAUGUUUUACUAUCCUUGCUUGAGAGGGAUGCACCAAAGUCGGGAAUAAUAUUUGUUGCUGAACAGACUGAGAGAUCAAAGAAGGCUGGCAAUCCUCCUUCAACCACCAUUGUUGUUGAGUUCCUGAGAAGUACAUACAAGGGAAGCCUAGAGGUGCUUCUGUUGGAAGAAGAUAUGAAUUUUAAUGCUCGAGCUGCCUCAUUCUCUGAAGUUAAGGGAAGAGGUUUCCUGCUAGUAUCAACGGACAUAGCAAGCAGAGGGUUUGACCUUCCUCAAACCAGCCACAUAUACAAUUUUGACCUUCCUAAGACGGCGACCGACUAUCUGCAUCGUGCUGGAAGAACUGGGAGAGAACCAUUCUCCAAGUUGGAAUGCGGUGUGACAACCGUCAUAACAGAGGAUGAGCAAUUCGUGUUACAGAGAUUUCAGAAUGAGCUCAAGUUCCACUGUGAAGAGCUGCCCCUCGAGUCCAUGUUCACUUCUGACUUGUGAUGUAAAUACUAGUUUUUCUCCUUGUUUUACUGUUCCAUAUCCAGCUUUCUGAAUAUUCUGACGAAACGAUCUUGAACUGUAACAAAGUUGGUUCUGACUUUGUGGCUAA